AUGCACAAGUCGGACGGGAAGCAGCACCUGGGCUCGGCGCUCAGCACGGAACGCAACAACCGCCCGUUCCCGGGGCCACCCCCGGACGAGGGCCCUCCGCUGCGAGUUCUCCCCAUCGGCGGGCUGGGGGAGAUCGGCAUGAACUGCAUGCUCGUCGGCGUGCGGGACCGCUACAUCUUGAUCGACGCGGGGCUGAUGUUUCCGGACCAGGCGGAGGAGCCGGGGAUUCAGAAGAUCCUGCCGGACUGUUCGUUCUUGGCGCGGUGGCGGGACAAGAUCGAGGCGGUGGUGAUCACGCACGGCCACGAGGACCACAUCGGCGCGAUGCCGUGGGUGAUCCCCGCGCUCGACCCGCGCACGCCGGUGUACGCCGGGUCCUUCGUGAUGGCGCUGGUGCAGAGGCGCAUGCAGGAGUUCGGGCUGUGGGACGAGACGCGUUUCCACACGUUCAAGAUGCGGGAGCGCAUUCCGCUCGGCCCGUUCGAGUGCGAGCCCAUCCGCGUGACGCACUCCAUCCCUGACUGCUGCGGGCUCAUCCUGCGGUCCCCCGAGGGCAACAUCGUCCACACGGGCGACUGGCGCAUCGACGAGGAGCCCGUCGACGGGCAGCACCUCGACCGCGAGGCCUUCGAGCAGAUCGGAAAGGAGGGUGUUGCGCUGAUGAUGUCUGACAGCACCAACGUGCUGUCGCCGGGGCGGACGAUGUCCGAGUCCGUGGUCGAGAAGGCCGUGAUAGAGCGCGUGCUGGGCCACAAGACCGGGCGCGUGAUCGCCACGCAGUUCGCGAGCAACAUCCAUCGACUGGGGCACAUGAAGAAGGCCGCGGACCUCGCGGGGAGGAAGCUGUGCUUCGUGGGGACGAGCCUGAACGUGUACAUGGACGCGGCUUUCCGCGACGGCACGGCCCCGUUCAACCCCGCGGAUCUGAUCCACUUCAGCGAGCUGGACGAGUACGACCCGAGCGAGGUGAUGGUGGUGACCACGGGGUCGCAGGCGGAGCCGCGGGCGGCGCUCAACCUGGCGUCGCAGCGCGCGAGCAACAUUCUCACGCUGCAGCCGGAGGACCUGAUCCUUUAUUCCGCGAAAAUGAUCCCUGGAAACGAAAAGAAGGUGGUCAAGAUGUUCAACCGGAUCGCGGAGAUGGGCCCGCAGAUCGCGCAGGGCCGCGACGAGAACCUGCACACCUCGGGACACGCGUACAAGGAGGAGUUGCGGGAGGUCAUUCAGCUGGUGAACCCGCAGCACUUUUUGCCGGUGCACGGGGAGUACUCCUUCCUCUGCGCGCACGCGGAGCUCGCGGAGGAGUGCGGGGUUCAGCAGACGACCGUCGUGCGCAACGGGAACAUGGUUGGGGCCUACGACAAGCGCAACGCCAAACAUGUGUCUUCCGGGACCAUGCAAAUCAUCGGGGAGGCCCGGCUGACGAACUACUACAACGACGGCAACUACGGCACGGGCACCGCGGGGGAGAUGAGCAUCAAAGAGCGCACGACGCUCGCCACGGAAGGCAUCGUCAUUGCUGCAGUGGACAUUCUGCGCCGGCCGCCGGGCGAAGCCGGCAGCGACCGCGCGUGGCAGAGCGCCCGCCUGGCCGGCAAGAUUCGCGUGACGACGCGCGGGAUGUGGGUCGACAACGGCCGGCUGCUGCAGCAGGUGUACCAGGGCGCAGACCGUGCCCUGACAGGCCUGCCGCUCGACACCCCCCCUGUGUCAGUGGAGCGCGCCAUCGCCGACGCGAUCCGCAAGGUGUGCCGGCGGUUCAACUCGCGUACGCCGGAGGUCGUCGUCAUCACGCACGAGGCGGACAUGAAACUCACUACCGCGGUGCUGGCACAAAUGGACCAGGUGGUGGAGCGGUCGGGGCGGCCGGACCCCCCGCGCGGCGGAGCGGGGCGCGGGGGUCGCAGCCGCAGCCGGAGCAACUCGCCUGGUCGCGGGCGGGGCGGCAGGGGCCGGGGGGGGCGGUCGGCGCGCGGCGCGGGGCCCAUCAGGCCCGUCGGCGAGCAGGAGGGUCCGCGGCGGGCACAGACGCCGAGGGACGACCCAGGGAAAGCGGGCCCAGGCGCAGAUCUGAGCUAUGGGUGA